AUGGCCUCCUCCCCCGACGCGCCGCCCUCGUCCUCCUCGGAGCCAUUGUCGUACUCUUCGUCGACGUGGACGAUGGAGAAGGUGACCGGAAUGCACCGGUUCAAGAUCGCCGAGUACAAGCUGGUCAGAGCUAUGGGCGCCGGCUGGUCCGUCCGGUCCGGCAUCUUCAACGUCGGCGGCUACGACUGGUCUCUCGUGUGCCACCCGAACGGUACCUCGGAGGACACCGCCCACAUAUUUUUCGUCGUUUUCGGACUGGAAAAUGACGUCGCGGAUAGCGUGAAGGUCCGAGUCGAGAUCGUCUUUCUUGAUGAGAAUGGGGAACCCUCGAGAUUUCUAGGAGAUCGCUUCGUACAGGAAUUCUCCCGCAGCCAUCCCCGCCGGGGUCCGGCGCCGCUGGGGAGAAUACCCCAUCUGGAGGCGGCGCAGUUUAUUCAGAAUGACUGCCUGACGAUUCAGUGCACCGUCUCCAUCCUCAAGUCUCCGCAUGUCCAAGUACUCAAAACUCCCUCCGUCGCCGUGCCGCCCUCCGACUUGCACCGGCAAUUCGGACGGCUCUUGGAGGACGGCGCGGGGACGGACGUGACCUUCCAAGUCGGCGCAGGCGGAGGAGAGGCUUUCUCCGCGCACCGGUGCGUGCUCGCCGCGCGGUCUCCGGUCUUCAAGGCGAAAUUUUUCGGCCCGAUGGAGGGAAGCAGUGCCGAGCGCGUGAAGAUCGACGACAUAGAGCCUGCGGCAUUCAAGGCUCUGCUUUAUUUCAUCUAUUCGGAUUCGCUGCCCCCGCAGAUGGAGGAGAUCGACGAGGAGUCCGCUGUUUCGAUGGCCCAGCAUCUUUUGGUUGCCGCGGAUCGAUACGGGCUGGAGAGGCUGAAGAUAUUAUGCGAGGACAAGUUGUGCCGGGGCAUCGACGUGAACACCGUCGCGACCACCUUGGCCAUAGCCGACCAGCACCUCUGCAGUCAGCUCAAAGCAGCCUGCUUCGAUUUUGUCGUGUCUUCUCGAAUACUGACUGCCGUCAUGGAAACAGACGGAUUCGAGCACCUAAGAAUGAGCUGCCCCUCAGUUGUAAAGGAGCUGCUCAAGAAGGUAAACUCAUAA